AUGAAAGCUAUAGGAGCCACUCUCCUCGGACUGGCAGUGGCCGUCCAGGCUCAGCAACCGUUGUAUGGCCAAUGCGGUGGGAAUGGCUGGACGGGCUCAACUCAAUGUGUCGCCGGCGCAUGCUGCAGCUCUAUAAACGCCUGGUACUACCAAUGUCUCUCUGGCAACUGCAUGCCCAGCACGACUAUGACAACCACCACUACACGCACAACCUCGACAAGCACAUCCGGCGCGACAGGAAGCCUGCCCACCAGUUUCAAAUGGAGCUCGACCAAUGCCCUGGUUGGUCCCAAGAACGACGGCCGCAACCUUGCGGGAAUCAAGGACCCCUCUAUCAUAGAGGUUGACGGCACAUACCAUGUUUUCGCCAGCACUGCUCAAGCGUCGGGCUAUAAUCUAGUGUACUUCAAUUUCACCGACUUCAACCAAGCGGGGAAUGCGCCCUUCUUCUAUCUUGACCAGAGUGGGAUUGGGACAGGCUACCGCGCUGCGCCCCAGGUCUUCUACUUUCAGCCGCAGCAGACGUGGUACCUGAUCUUCCAGAAUGGAAAUGCUGCAUACUCCACCAACAAGGACAUUAGCAAUCCGGCUGGGUGGAGUGCCCCUAAGAACUUCUUUAGCAGCGUUCCUAGUAUCAUCACUCAGAACAUCGGCAAAGGUUAUUGGGUGGAUAUGUGGGUUAUCUGCGACUCAUCCAAUUGCUACCUCUUCUCUUCUGAUGACAAUGGCCACCUCUACCGCUCACAGACCACUCUGAGCAACUUCCCCAACGGCAUGGGCAACACCGUCAUUGCACUCUCUGACUCAAAUCCCAACAAUCUCUUCGAAGCUUCCAAUGUGUACCGCGUCGGCAAUCAGUACCUUCUCAUCGUGGAAGCCAUCGGGAGUGAUGGGAAUCGGUACUUCCGGUCGUGGACGGCACCUUCUCUGACGGGUACAUGGACUGGACUUGCAAACACUGAAGCUAAUCCAUUCGCGCGUUGGAAUAACGUGGUCUUCUCCGGAACUGCCUGGACGAAGAGUAUUAGCCAUGGUGAGAUGGUGCGCUCGCAGGUGGACCAGACUAUGACCAUCAGCCCGUGCAAGCUCCGCUACCUCUACCAAGGUCUGAGUCCGACGGCGUCGGGUGAUUAUAACUCUCUUCCCUGGAAACUGGGUCUCCUUACGCAGACCAAUUCUGCAUGUUAG